AUGGGUUGUACAGAUUUUAUGGAAUGGGUAAUUGGAAAUGGUGCCCAGCAUUUUGGUGUCGAUAUCAAGGAUUGUUCAGAGGGAGGUGGGAAGGGAUUGUUUGCAACAACAGAUUUUCGGGAGGAUGAAACAAUAAUAUGCAUACCAGUCGAAAUAAUCAUCACUGCUGGAUUUGUUGCCGAAAUACCGGAUUACUGUGAUGUUUUUAAAAGAUACCGUUUAAAACCAUUCGAAGCACUGGUAUAUUUCUUCUUAGUAGAGAAAGAUCGGAACUCGAAAUGGACUCCCUAUUUGAAAAUGCUUCCGAAAUCGUUCUCAACACCGGCCAUUCUACAUCCAAGUUUGAAACCGGAAGAUUUUCCAUAUUGCUUAAGAAAGCAGUGGUAUGUGCAGAAGAAUGAAUUAAAUAUGAUGUAUGAAAAGUUUGUGACGAUAUUAACAGACAGUACGACCUGGGAGAAUUUUUUGUGGGCUUGGCAUAUUGUAAAUACUAGAUGCAUAUAUUGUAAUAAUAAGCCUCAUCCAUUGAUUGACAAUAUUGAAGGCGAUUCGCUUGCAAUUGUACCUCUUAUCGACAUGCUGAAUCAUAGCAACGAUAAUCAGUGUUGCGCAAUUUGGGAUAGCACAUUGAAUUUAUAUAAAGUAGUCGGUACUCGAUUCAUCCGUAAAGGGGAACAAAUAUUCAUCUGUUAUGGUAGUCAUACAAAUGGAUCAUUGUGGAUUGAAUAUGGUUUUCAUCUGAAGAAUAAUAUCUGCAACAAAGUUGAAAUCUCGCUUGGCUAG